UCUGAUAGGGAGCAGGGGCUGACACUACCCCCGUGUGGGCGGCGGAACGUCCCGAGGAUGACGUGCGGCGUUCUCGAAUCCCGUGUCUCGCUCGCUCGCUCGCCGCCGCCGCCGCCGAAGGAAACGGGAAAAGCAACAAGGAGGCAGGAGCAGGCGCGGCGCCAUGGCGGCCCUGGAGCGGCCCGUGCCCAGUCCCGAGGCGUUCCUGGGCCAGCCCUGGGCCGCCUGGGUGCGGGAGGCCGCCCCCCCGCACGCGCACGGCGCCGCCCCCCCGCACAGUGUAGAUCUAGAAGAGACUGGAAAGGAGGGUGGAAAAAGCAGGGAGGUUAUGAGGCUUAAUAAAGAAGAUAUGCACUUAUUUGGCCAUUAUCCAGCUCAUGAUGAUUUCUAUCUUGUAGUGUGCAAUAUCUGCAAUCAGGUAGUCAAGCCACAGGUUUUCCAGUCACACUGCGAACGAAGACACGGUUCAAUGUGUAAACCUUCCCCUUCUCCAGCUUCUCCAGCCUGCAAUUCCAGGGCAUCCCUAGUACAGAUGAAACCGAAAUCCUGUAUCAGCGGCCAUAACCCUGUCAGCAGCAACUCAAAGCCAUUCAAAACGCCCAAAGACAAUCUACUUACCUCCAGCAGCAAACAGCACACAGUCUUUCCUUCAAAAGUAUCACGGGAUAAACCAUGCGUUCCUGUUCCAGUAGUCAGUCUAGAGAAAAUUCCUAACCUAGUGAAGGCAGAUGGUGCCAACGUUAAAAUGAAUUCUGCAACCACUACCACCAUCACCUCCUCCUCAGCCUCUUCAUCCACCAUACCUGCUCCAACUUUGGUUAAAUCUGGUUUGACAUCCAAGUCAGUGCCACCAUCACCAGAGAAGAUUCUGAACGGCAAAGGAAUUGUAGCUCCAUCAAUAGACAAGAAACACCAAAAUGGCACUAAAAGCAGUAACAAGCCUUACAAAAGACUUUCAGAAAGAGAAUUUGACCCAAAUAAACACUGUGGAGUACUGGAUCCUGAAACAAAGAAACCUUGCACAAGAUCGCUCACCUGCAAGACUCAUUCACUUAAUCAUCGACGAGCAGUUCCAGGCCGUAAAAAACAGUUUGACAUCCUUCUAGCUGAACACAAAGCUCGAUCCAGGGAAAAAGAAGUUGCAAAAGACAAAGAGCAUCCACCAUCUGCAAGAGAAAGCUAUCAGAGCCAGCCCACACCAGCACAAGACUCUCUGUCAGGAUCUUCAGUGAACUCUGGACAAGAAUCUAAAGUAACAUCUCCUGCAAAAUCUAGACCACCAAAUUCUGUACUUCCAAGACCGUCAUCUGCAAAUAGCAUAAACAGCAACAGUUCUUCAAACCACAGUGGGUAUGUACCAGAACUGCCACUGCCUUCCAUGGGAGGAGAUUUAACAAGCAGAUUGUCCAGUGACGAAGGAGAAGUGGAUGGAGCUGAAGAAUCUGAGAAAUUAGACUGUCAUUUUUCUGGACACCAUCCCAGACCUCUUGGGUUUUGCUCAUAUGGCAGUCGCUUAAUGGGAAGAGGGUACUACGUCUUUGACCGAAGAUGGGACCAUUUUCGAUUCGCACUAAACUCCAUGGUAGAAAAACACUUGAACUCACAGAUGUGGAAGAAAAUUCCUCCUGCGGCAGAUAGUCCCAUGCCUUCUCCAGCAGCGCAUGUGUCCACUCCUUUUCCAGCAUCGGUCUUACAGCCUUUCAGCAACCCCAGUGCGGUGUAUAUUCCUUCAACACCUAUCAGUUCAAGAAUCACUUCUUCUUCUUACAUAAUGACAUCAGCCAUGUUAUCAAAUGCAGCCUUUGUGACAACAUCAGAUACGAAUUCCAUUAUGUCACACACUACAGCUUUUCCUCAUGUGGCUGCAAGCCUAAGUAUCAUGGACUCAACUUUUAAGGCGCCAUCAGCUGUGUCACCAGUGCCAGCAGUCAUCCCUUCCCCAUCCCACAAGCCAUCCAAAACAAAAACCAGCAAAUCCUCAAAAGUGAAAGACCUGUCAUCUCGAAGUGAUGAGUCUUCAAGUAACAAAAAGAAAAAGCCGCAGUCGUCAUCAUCAUCGUCGUCAUCGUCCUCGUUAUCUUUACAGACAACUUCCUCGUCUUCAUUUUCAGGGUCCCACAAAAAGAACUGUGUCCUGAACCCCAGUUCCACUUUGAACUCCUAUCAGGCUACAUCUUCCUAUAACAGUAUGUCUGUGCACAAUACAAAUAACGGAACAAGCCCACUCAGUGCCAAAUCGGAGCCCUCAGGACGGACUUCAUUAUCAAGUAGUUCAGCAGACUCAGUGAAACAUAUGAGCAUGGUAGUAAGCAGUAUUGACUCUUCUAAUCUGUCUGUAUCUUCUCUUGUGCACCACUCAGGGGACCACUCCCUGGGAGCACAUAAUGCAGUGUCUUCUCUACCCCUUUCUUUUGACAAAUCAGAAGGAAAAAAACGUAAAAACUCUAGUUCUAGUAGCAAAGCCUGUAAAAUCACUAAAAUGCCUGGUAUGAAUAGUGUUCAUAGAAAGAGCACUGCCAACCUUAUUUCUGCGGUGCCAGAUCCUACAAGCAGCUCCAUCUCUCGGCAGAUUGGAAAAAAUAGCAGUGUAGCUUUGUCACAAUCCAGUCCUUCGAGUACAUCAAACCCAGUACACAACAGACAACUAUUUCCAGCCUGGCUGCUACGGAGGCAGAGGAGGAGACAGAGUAAGCAUCACUGCAGAAAAGAAACCAUCUUCCCAGUGGCAAAUUUACUCAAUGCUGAUUUGGAGAGCUGUGUCACAGGAUCUGUGUUUGGACUACAAAGCCUGAACAGUAACACCAACACACUGGGCUUGCUGCUUCAUUAUCAAGGAGACACCAAGAAGGUGCAGAAAGCUGGUUUUCACUUGUGUUAUUUUGCAGAGUGCUUCCAAGGCCUACAGCUUCACACCCUGAGCGUGGAUGCUUCCAAAGAAAAAAAAAAAAAACAUUCAAAGGGAAAUGCUCCAUUUGUGCUCUUUAACCUAGAACAAGCCAAGUGCAUGUUUGCUGCUGGAGUACAUAACAGACUCCAUGUUGGGCCUUUCAUUGCUAACAGACAAUUCUCUAAUGCCUGUUUUACUUUGCCCCUAGCAUAUUAUUGGACCACUCACUCCCGUGACUUCCACUGCUGGUCUUCCAAUCCCGAACUCCUUUCAUCUGCAGUUAAAUGUCAAUGAAGCCUGAAAGAUACCAGCUUCUCCAUCUCAAGCUUCUGUCCAGGGCCUUUGGGCCCAGACUGGCCUUCAAAAUCCCUUAUGAGGUUGCCAAGAAAGAAAAAGAAAAGGGAAAAGGAAAUUGAAGCACGAAGCAAGUGGGUCAGCACUGAUACGAACCUCUGGCUCCAACUCACCACUUGCUCUGACUUAAGGGGAUAUAAUAGCAGCCUGCCAAUACCUUUGAGGAGGUCACUAGGAUAUCAGAGCCAGGCUCUGCAGUGCUGCACGGUGGGAAGAUGAGAAACAAUCGACAUAAGUUGAUAAAAGGGAGGUUCAGACUGGAUACAAACAAGGUAAAACCUUCCUGCCAUGGAGACAGUCAAGUGUUAGAACAAGUUGCUUAAGAGAGGUGGGUGCAAACUCCAACUUUUGAGGUUUUCAAACCCAAACUAGAUAAAGCUCUGAGCAACCUGGUGUGACCUCAGAGCUGACCCUGCUUUGAGCAGGAAGCUGGACUACAGACCUCCUGUCCUAUGAUCCAAAUGUGAAGAAAGCAAUAAUGAUGAUCUAACUCCUCUCUCAAGGACUCAUCUUGUAGGGUCAUUUUCUCAGAAGUGCUCCCUAGGGCCUUCUUAGGGUAUUUUCCUAAUACCGAACCCUCUUCAUUGCUCAGUCUUUAUGUUAUUCAUUAACCAGCUUUUUUGGUAGCUGUAAUUCCCACUCAGAACUGGUGACACCCAAGACCUUGUCAUUGGUGUUUCUCACUCUACAAUGUCUGUCCUAGAGAGAUAUUUCACUGGAUUUUUUUUCCAAAUCUCUCCCUGAGAUAUACUACAGAGUUUCCUUUGAAUCAAUUUACCUGCUUUGUUUCUAAGACAGCAUAGGAUGAGGCAGAAAACUUACUGUCCACUCUAAGUCUUGUCUUUUUACAUUCACAGAACCAAGCACUUAACGUGUUCUCCAAGAAUGCUAAUCUUUCCUUUUGAGGAAUUGUGAACAUCUUUACACUAAGGAUGGCUAUCUGUGUAACAGACUAGAUGGCAUUAUUUUCUAAAUCUACUAUACCCAGUAAUCAGCACAUUCUCUAUUAUAGCAUGUGCAGUACUGCAGCUUAUAUGAAGAGCAUGUCUAUUCUUGACACCUGUGGGAAACCACCUACAUUGACAUUCACCUUCACCAAAUGUUGAUGCAUCCAGAAGUGUUGGAUUUGGUAGAGCGAUGCUGACAUUAGGAAGCGCUCCAAGACCUCUUCCUGGUAACCGUGCUUUUACAGGGUACUGACUGAAGUGACUACUGUUAGAGUAGACAUGUGGACUUAACAGUCAAAUACAGGAAAAAACCAGGUUACUCAAUCAGUAACACGAGUCUUUGUAGAUGCAUAAUCCACACUUACUUUUGCUUCCUAACUGCAUGCCCAGCCUUUCUGUUGUUCAAAAUGUCUCUCUUUGGACUGUGAGUGUCAGAGAAACUAAGGCGAUGGAGAUGGAUCUCUGAUCUCCGCCACCCUGUGUAGUGUGAACUUGCUCUACAGAUACUGCUAGAAUAAAAGCGUCUGUGGCCUUAAGAGCUAUGGGCUCAGAGCCACACUUAAACAGACAAAUAUACUACAUAUCUCAAAGAAUGAAGGCUCCUGCUAAGUAACUUCUUUUUUCGUUUUGCCUUCAGCAAGAGUCCCACUGUAGUUCUAGGAAGUCAGUUUCGUGGGUUUUCAGUCAGCUGGGAAGCGGUUGGUUCUGUAAGAGAGCUAAAUCUCCUGAUAUUAAACCAGCCUUUUUGUGACAUAUUUUUAACUUUUCUUUGACUAAGAAACAGUAACUAGAAGUAUUUUUCUAAUUCCUGAUAUUUAAUUUUUCCCAGUAUAUGAUUUUUGAUGGCAGGUUUAGUCUUUGUUUUGCAGUUGACUGAGAAAAACAACAUUAACAGCUUAGCCUUACAGUCACUCUUGUUCUCCUGGAGGGGACUGGGAUGGCAACAUGGUGGAGGCACAAGUGAUCCAGGCUACUUCUGUAGUACAUCAAGGACAAUUUCUUGACAGAAGUGCUCAACAAGCCAAGUCUGGCUAGGCUAGACAUGCUACUCACACAUAAGGAAGGGCUGGCUGGGAACAUUGACAUUGGUGGCAGCCUUGGCAGCAGUGACUACAAGAUAGCAAAGCUUAAGAUUCUGAGGGAAGCAAGGAAGAAAGAUAAACAGUCGAAUUGCAACCCUGGCAUUUAGGAGAGCAGACAUUGUCUCCUGCAUACAUUUUGUUGGCAGAAUCGCACAGAAGACUGCCCUGAAGGGCCCAGGGGAGCUAGCUGAUGAAGCACAAGAACAGUCCAUUCUGAUAUGCGGGAAGUUGAGCAGACAUGGGAGAAGGCCACCAUGGCUGAAUGGGGAACUCCUGACUGAACUCAAAUCCAAAAGCCCGAGACUUCAGUCUUCUAACACUCCCAUUUGGAAGAACAUGUCCAUCUGCCUGUUUUCUUCAGCAAGACAAAUGGUUGUUCUGCAACCAGCUUCAUAUCUGACCUGCAGUCCCUGUUCCUCUUCAUGACAACCCUUAAGACUCCUGAAAGACCACGCGAGUUCCUGAUCCGGAUGCUGGAAAGGGUGAAGGCUGGGAAACGAGCCGAGGGGGAGUACCCGUACCUCAUGG